AUGCUCUCUCUCACAUGCGCGGCGCUCUUGUCGGUGCUGCUGCUCGCCACGCACACCUGGGCCUCGUCGAAAAACAUCCAGAUGCGCGAGAUGGACUCGGACGCCAUCGUGCCACUGCGCUCGCACAGCAUCUAUGCGCCCUACGUCGACUCGAAUCUGCAGAACAAGUUCUGGGACUUUGGAGCCGAUGCGAUCGUCGACACCAACCGCCACAUCCGUCUCACCCAGGACCGUCCCUCGCAGAUGGGUUGGCUCUGGUCGCGUCUGCCGCUCACGGCGGACAGCUUCGAGAUCGUCACCGAGUUCAAGGUGGACGGUCAUGCCUCGCACGUCGCUGGAGACGGAAUGGCCAUCUGGCUUACCCAGGAACGCGCCAAGCCAGGACCCGUGUUCGGAUCGAUCAACUACUUUACGGGGCUGGGCAUCUUCUUGGACACCUAUCCCAACUCGCGCCAUCCGUACUCGUUCCCGCGCAUCUCGCUCAUGAGCGGAAACGGCGUGGAGGCGUACGAGAACGACAAGGACGGCGCGCGCCAGGAAGUCGCAGGUUGCUCCAUCGACUUCCGAAACGCCAAAGUCGCAACCAAGGCAAAACUCAUCCAUGUCAAGGAUGUCUACACCGAACUUCUCAUCCACCACUCCGAAUGGGACCAUUGGGAGAGUUGCUUUAAACUCGACGAUGUCACGCUGCCGCUCAAUCCGUAUCUCGGCUUUUCCGCACUGACGGGCGAUGUGAGCGACAACCACGACGUCGUCUCGGUCACCACCAGCAACAUCGUCUACCGCAACCGAACCCCGCAACAACUCAGGCAGGAAAAGAUGAAACACUUCCCCGAAAAGUUUGGCCAAAAGACAAAGAAGAAGUCGUGGUCGUUUGGCGGAAACACCAAAGGUUACUCGUCCGACGUCGUCGAUGGAAAGUCGAGUGGAGGCGGUGGAUUCUUUGGGUUGGUGGCGGGGUUGUUCCGUUUUGUGUUUUGGCUUGUCAAGUGGGGCCUCAUCGUCGCGGCUGUAGGCGCACUAGUCAUGCUGGGCCUCCAGUACCAGAAACGACAAAACAUGAAGCGGUUCUAG